UCGCUCAACCACAUUACUCUACGUCGUUGAUCAUGGGCGAGCGUUCAAGGAGCAGAUCGCCAGGGAGAAGGCUUGACAGGGAAAGGUCUGACAGGGAAAGGUCUGACAGGGAGCGGCCUAGAAAAAGUGGAGGGGGAGGUUUCCGAUGGAAGGACAAACGGCGCGAUGGCGACAGCAGACACGAUGCAGAUGAGCGCAGGUUAAAUCGAGGAUACAGAGAUAGAGAAGAACGGGCAAGAUCUCCACGACGUGACAGAGACACGUACAGACCUGAGGAUAGGAACAAGGAUAGCGAUCGUGACCGAAGGCGGCCUGAGGGUGAUGAGAGAGAGAGGAAGAAGAAAGAGAAGAAAGAAAAGAAGCCCGCCGUUCCUCAGUCCUCAGAACCCAUGAUUAUUGUGCAUGUGAAUGAUCGCCUUGGCUCGAAAGCUUCAAUUCCAUGUCUUGCAUCGGAUCCAAUCAAGCUUUUUAAGGCACAGGUUGCAGCACGUAUUGGACGUGAACCGCAUGAAAUCCUCCUCAAGCGCCAAGGGGAGCGUCCUUUCAAAGAUUUCCUAACCCUGGCCGACUACAGCAUUUCUUCGGGAAGCCAGCUUGAUCUGGAGGUCGGCACUGGUGAAUAAAUCGUUGUGUACACUAUACAGCUUUAGGUACCUGAUACCCCUCACAGGCGAUUCAAAUUGUAUCACUGUAUCUAUACAUGGCCUGGGUUUCUUCUCUAUUGUGCUUUACCUGCUAUCGCAACAAAACAUUGGGAAUUGGAUGUGGAGUAAUGAGAAUUGUCAUGAAAAUUACUUUUUUCCGUUUCUUUUCUUUUGCCUCCCACCAGACCGCUGAUGCUCUCCGGCACGUUUUCUUUCCAAGUUUCCAUGUACCUAUUGGCCCAAUGGAGACAUUGCUCUUCUUGUAACGCAA